AUUUUAAAAAUGGAAGUUUAGGACAAGGGGGAAUAUAUCCGCAGGGACACAGCUCUACACCGCGACUGACAGCAGAGAAACGUUAACCCCAGCCGGCUGAGGAAAAGACAUGGCCAUUAUAACCUGCCGAGUGCAGUAUUUGGAGGACUCCAACCCUUUCGUCUGUACCAACUUCCCGGAGCCACGGAGACCGCCGCCCUAUGAUCUGGACGAAAACAUCGCCUUGAUUGAGCAGAUAGCCGGGGUUCACAAACUCCUGGAGGCACCGCUGAAGUUGGAAGAGUGUGCUCUGCAGAUGGCCCCCAAUGGGAACUAUCUGGACCUGGACCUGUCUCUGGGGGAACAGAAAGAUGAUGUGGAACAGCUCUAUGACGACGUGGGUAGAGGGAAGAAGCCCAUCCUGAUCCUGAGAACUCAGCUAUCUGUCAGAGUCCACUCCAUUCUAGAGAAGCUGUACAACUCUCAUGGACCUGAGCUCCGGAGGUCCCUGUUCUCCCUCAAGCAGCUCUUCGAGGACGAUAAAGACCUGGUACCAGAGUUCGUGAAUUCAGAAGGCUUGACGUGUUUCAUCAAGGUUGGAACGGAGGCAGACCACAACUAUCAGAACUACAUUCUCCGAGCCCUCAGUCAGAUCAUGCUGUUUGUAGAUGGGAUGAACGGUGUGAUCGACCACAAUGACACUGUUCAGUGGCUCUACACUCUCAGUGGCAGUCUGUCUCGUCUGGUGGUGAAGACCGCUCUGAAGCUCCUGAUAGUGUUUGUAGAGUACACCGAGUUGAACAGUCCUCUAUUUAUCCAGGCUGUCAACACUGUGGAUGGCAAGAGAGGUGUGAAGCCGUGGUCAUACCUGACAGAGAUCCUGGAGGAGAAGAACGGAUCAGACACUGAGCUGUUCAUCUUAACCAUGAACCUCAUCAACAAGACCCUUGCAGCCCUCCCGGACCAGGACUCGUUCUACGACGUGACCGAUUGUCUGGAACAGCAGGGGAUGGAACACAUUAUGCACAAACACAUGAGCAGCAAGGUCACUGAGCCAGACCUGAAACAGCAGUUCACCAUAUACGAGAGGGCUCUGAGGCACGAGGACGGAGAGAUGGAUGCCGCUCCUCACGUUAGGAAGGAGAGGAGGAAGGUGACAGCCGGCGAACAGGAAGGCAGGAGGAUCAGGAGAUCCUCAGCUCAGAACCUCCCCGACAUCCUCUCCUCCUCACCUACCACAUCCAACACUAUCUCUCCUUCCUCCUCCACUCUGUCCCCUUCCACCUCCUCUCCUUUCUCUCCCUCCUCCUCCACUCUCUCCCCUUCCACCUCCUCCCCUUUCUCUCCCUCCUCCUCCACUCUCUCCCCUUCCACCUCCUCUCCUUUCUCUCCCUCCUCCUCCUCUCCCUCUAACAGUCCUACAGCCGGGCUGAGUAGGACCUCCUCCCCUCUCCCCUCCUCCUCUCGUAGUGCCUCACCCCUCACCCCAACUUCCAGCCCAUCAGACUCUGGUUCUCAGAAGUCCUCUCCUCUACCGCCCCCCGAGGUGACCAACGGUACUGCAGCCUACCUGUCUCCCACUGAACAGGAGCCCAAGACAACGUCUAACCU